AUGCACACAGAAUCUCAGAAGUUUAUACUUCAAUGCCUCCUUCUCUUCGUAGCAGACAGGUAUAAAUCUGAUUCAGACAAAAUCUCCCUCAUGCUAUCAUGCAUGAGGCAUGGAAUGGCAGGUGCAUGGGCAGAAAACUUCCUAGCCAAAACAGUAGGCACAGAAACUCCUAAGGACCUAGGAGCUUGGUCAGACUUUUUGACUAAAUUUAGAUUGCAGUUCAAAGAAUCCAACAAGAUGGACAAAGUGUGUAGCUCCCUCAUGGCAUUCUCUCAGGGAAGAAUGACUAUGGAUGAAUACUCCAACCAAUUCCUCCUCAUCACAGCCGAUGCUGACAUUUCUGAAAAGGAACAAGUACCUUAUUACCAACAAAGGCUAGAUUUGUGGGUCAUGGAUAAAAUCUAUGACAAGGAAACUCAACCCACAGACACAAUCCAAGAAUGGGUCAACAUGACAUGCAAAGUAGAUGCAUGCAUGAGAGCUCGCAGCACUCAAAAGGCCAUCCUAGCAAACUCCACCUCCUUCUAA